AUGGCGCCUGGCUACGGCAGCCCAGCUUUGGCGAGCGCGUUGAAAUACAUGCUGCUGGGGAGCGCCUUGUACGAGCCUUUGCGGAAGGCCCUUCACAGCCUGGGGGAUGAUGUCGGAGGGGUGGGAGGGGUGGGAGGCCUCUGCAACCUGGGGUCUCCGGAGGCGUGCGACAGCCUGGCGGGUCGCACUGGAAACUACUGCUUCCAGCCCGGUGUGUGGUCAGGCUUGACCUGCUUUGCCAUUGUGGUGCUUGCGGUUUGGACCGGUCCUCUUUUCUUUGGGGCCGUCGCCAUGUCGCGGUCGUUGUUGAAGCAGGAUGCUCCGCUUGAAGAAGGCAGGGAGACCAUGAGUCAAGCAGGCUUAUCCUGCCUCUGGUUUGCCAUGCCCUUCACGUACAUGCUGGCUGACCCGUUCUACAGGUCUAGUGUUGCGACUGUGGUAUUGGCUGUCAGCAAGGCAGUGAGCCCAUUGUUGGGCCUACCUCGGCAAGGAGUUGUGGACCUCCACAAGGCGCUUGGUUGGAAUGCCAUGGCCUGGGCAUCCAUCCAUGCUUGCGGGGAGAUCUUCUACUUGUGCUACCAACAGGGUCUGCAGACAAUCUUUCAGCUGAGUGGCAGGCAAGGCGAGAAUUUGCUCUACCUGCUGGGCCUCCUGACAGCCCUGCUGCUGGUCCUACACACCCUGGUGGUCCUCCUGAGGAAGCGCGACUCCAUCCGGCGGCUCUUCAAGAGCCUCCACCGGCUGACAGCAGGCCUCGUGCUGCUCAGUGCCACGGCGCAUUGGUGGCCCUUCGCCUUGUUCCUGCUCCCCUCUGCGGCGGCGCAUGGCACGGCGGUGGCCAUGGGUGUGGCUUCUUGGCUGGGCCGCCAGGCCUCACUGGCAAGGGCAAGCCUUGCUCUGGCGGCCGCAGUCUUGGGCGCUUUGCUCGGCUUGCUCCCUGUCUGGAAGGCUCGGGAGACCGUGAUGAUCGCCCAAGGCGUUGGCCUCUUGGCUCCCUUUGCCUUCCCACCUCUGGCGCUGCUGAUGGAGGUUGUGGCUGCAGCAUUCGCAAGUCUGCCGAUCCUGCUGACGGCUCCCCAGGUGCGUACGGAAAACGGGGCCUUCGCACUCAUGGGAUGA